UAUCUGUCCCCACGGAGUAUCCCAUCGCAGGUUGGGUGAGAUACUGUAUGUUGUCCUGCUAGUGAUUCUCCACACCCACGCUUGUGCAUCAGGAUUGCCAUACCAAAUGUCAAAGCAGACUGUGAUAUCAACCGCAACUUGUUCCAUUCUUAUGCUACUUUCGAUUUCAUGAGGUCCUUGCCAUCUUGUGAUUAGUCGAGGGUAGAAGAAGAGUGCAACAUGGAAGUCACUCCGGUCCUGCUUGGUCAGACGGCAGCCACCACUGUCCUUCCUUCCUCUUUGGUGGCAGCAAUGCAUCAAUUGCGCUGGAGGCCAGCUGCGGGUGCAGCGUUUCCCUUUGCUGCACAACCUUGUCAAACUGCCUCAUGCCCAACUCCAAGUCCCCAUCCCAUUGUCGUGAAGCCAGGUUGUUCUUGGCCUUGAGCAAGACACAGCACCACCCUUAGGGCCUCGCAGUCCCCUGUGCCUUGUUCACCGAUACGUUCUCUUCUCCAGUCCUUGAUCCCAAGGCCCCCAAGAGGCCAUGGUUGCGACCGCAAGCGAUGCUGCUGGCAAAGAUGUCGAGCUUGACAAGAUGCUCGUCACCACCAUGGUACUCGCGAUACCCGACUUUCUUGCCAUGGCAACGUGUUAAAGCUGACAUCUCGACCUACCCACAGCUCAGCGUCAUCCUUUACGGAAGACAAGCCUUUCCUGAGAACUGUUUCCGGGAAUUGUCAGUACAGGACAUUCUCCAUCCAUCGGCCACACACAACCGCCUCCUCGAAUCAGGACGACGUCUCUCCAACCGGGAAGACCCUCUUCAGACACUCUGUCCCAAUAGAGACACGCUGGUGUACUUGAAAGAGUGCGACAAUCCGCGUUUACUCAACCUGCUCGCAGAUCUGGACCAGAUCUUUGCUGCAAUUGCGGAUCGACUUCUCGGCAAGGUCUAUAUCUGCUUCAAUGACACCAAGGAAUGGUCCAGAGACAGCCUGAUUGAGUGCUUCACUCUCCAAUUCAGCUACAAUAAGCAGGGGGACCUGUUUGCCUACGCCCACUGGGCUGGCAAAGGUGACUCGCCGUUCAAGGGCAGCCGUUCACGCAAACUAUUCGAUUCAGAGGCCUUCUUCGAGGAUUUGAAACAGGUGGUUCUUACCUGCCCCCAGCUUCCCGACCGCUUCUACACCCGCCUCUUUGUCUCCGCUGUCAAUAAACAGACCAAACUCCAAGGUGAUUGGGCUGGGUAUGGCCAUGGCGUCAGGGAGGCGCUCUCAGACCUGGAACACAAACAGGGAGCCAGCCGACUUCGAAUUGGGAGCUUCAUUCGCGAGGUUGUUUCCGAAGAGGCCGACCAAAACACCGACCAGGAUCUGCCGGAGCAAUGGCUAGGAACCUCGCCCACCUUGGGGUCAGAUUCGCCAUAUCUGAACUUAGCCGCGUCACCCACCAGGCCAUCAAGUUUGUCCAAUCCGAAGAAACGGCCUCGUCUUGCGAUGAUCGAAGAGGUUCCAGAGGACCUUCCCCCGACGCAGCGUCUGCAGACACCAGUUCGGAGCCAGCGAAUCCCGAAAUCUACGUCUGCAAACCCGGCCUUCCUCAGCACUGACUCCGAGGCGUCUCCGUCACCCCUGGCGGAGGACAAAAGACUUGCAAGGGUAUGGAGCACGGAGGAAGAAUCACCGCAAGGGACCUGGCAGGCAAGCCAGUCACAUGCUUCGCGGGCAGCGAGUACUGCUCGUACCUACGGCGAUCGGUCAAAAACAGACGGGAAGAGGGCCCGUACCAUGGCGUGAGGGAGCAUCGUUGCAGAUUCUAAGUUUACAGUAAAGAGAUCAUAUCCCGGGCUGUUUUUUGCUAAGGUAUUGUUGAGAAACGGGAGUCACUUGCUGCAAACCUUUGAAACUGUAAAUAAAUUUGGUACACGGAUGUAGCUGGGAGCAACGUUCUAUGGGGGAACUUGCAGAAGGUGAUCACGUCAACGGUAGUUUAGCCACAAGUACUCCACCACAAUUCAUUCAGACUUGUGAAGAUUUGGUAAUAGUACGAUGCCAUAAAUCGAACAUGAUAUUAAAAGAGGUUCUAGAACCAACUGGGAUAAUAAGUCACUGCCUGCACAGAGACAGAACCAGGGAGCCAGGCGAAGAAACCCCAGCGCCUCUCGCCUCUCCCUGGCGAAUAACAAGAAAGGGACAAAAACAACCAACACCGGUACUCCAAUGUUACCUACCCAGGUACCCGUUUCCCACCUUACUCCGACCGUUAACACCCAAGAACAAAGCCCAGACACAACAAGAAGAGGACGGAAAGAGGAAGAAAUUGAACGCAGACAGCGCUUUUCGCCCAUCCACCAACAAAAACGAUAUAAUCCCAGCAUCGCCUCUCGUUGCGGUUGCUGUCGGGAUCGCCCACUUACUUACUCAACCAACCGACCAACCAACAAACCAACCAACCAACAAACUAGUCAAUAUCCCUUUACUGAGUCUCAUCCCCGCCGUACCCGGGGCGGCUGCUAGUAACGCUCACCACGGCCGUGGUGCGGACGGUGACGGUCGUCAGGGUGGGCGGCGGCGGCAGCGGCAGGACGGUCGUGGCCCCCGCUCCUCCUGGGGUGCUGCUGUCCGUGCCGAUGGUGAGGGUCACCGUGUCGACGACUGUCUCAGUCCUGACGGCGCAGACCGUCGGGGUGGUGCCAGGGAGGCCGGGCGUGGCUGUGGUGUCGGGGGCGGUGGGUGUUGUUGUGGGCGGGGGGACCUCGACGGUGACGGUGAGGGUAUCGCUGCCGGUGCCCGGGGGGGUGGGGGUCUCGGGGACGACGACCGUGGUGGUGGUGUCGUUGCCGUAGGGCGAGCCUGGCGUGGGCGUGGGCGUGGGCGUGUUGGUGGUCCUGGUGUCGUUGCCGUGGUGGCCGCCUGGGGCGACUGGCGUGGGGAUCCCCGGCGUGGGCGUGCCCGUGGGCGGCGGCGGGACCUCGACGGUGAUGGUUGUCUCGCCGCUGGGUGGCGUCCCUGGCGUGGCUGGUGUUCCUGUGGGCGGCGGCACCUCGACUGUGAUGGUGGUUUCCUCGGGUGGUGAUGGGGGCGAGGGAGAGGCGGUGGCCGGGGGCGGCGGCUCGGACAGGCCAUAUGAGGGGAAGGACGGCUCCGGGGUGGGCACUUGGCUCAGGGUAACUGGGGGCAGUGUCUCUGUCACGAAGACUGUGGUCCCCGGGACGGUGACGGUAGUCCCUGGGACGGUCACUGUGAUACCUGGAACGGUGAAGGUUGUCCCAGGGAUGGUUACCGUCUCGGUGACGGUCACGAUGGUGUUGCUGCCCCCUCCUGGAGGGCUGGAUGGGAACGCCGUUGUGGGAGGGAUAGAGGUCUCUGUGACCGUCACUGGAGGUUCUGUGAUGGUCACGGGAGGCGGGCAGCUCUGUGCUGUUCCGGAAACAUCCUGGCGGCCCUGGUUUUUAUGGUGUUCGGCCCGUUGGAAGCGGCCAUAAGCCUGGGCCUGGGAGGAAGCCAAGAAGACGGCGAGUGCCAAAAGCGAUGUCGUCUUUGCGUGGGCCAUUUUGAGACUUGAGAGAGGUGUUCGAACCUGUUUGGGUGAGAAGAAUGAAGUGCUUGCUGGCGAUGGAAACAUUGAUCGCUGUCUAGACCUUGUCAGCUGAGAACCCGACUCUUAUAUAUCAAUCACAUCGUGCGCAUCGAGUUCACUCAACGACAGCUUCACUUCCAAGGUUUGGCCGCGUCUAUGAUGAAGGGAGAUGAAUAGAUUGCGACUAUCGACAGCGGUCUCGUUGUGUAUCACGACACAAGAUCGAGCCGCGCCCGUCUCAACAUGAUGCUCCAGACCGCACCCAAAGUUGGGGACCGAAGGGAAGGGAGGUUGGAUAGCCUGCUACUAUUGAUACAGGAAACUGAGCAAAGCACUAUAAACCAACCGCAUGCGGCCGACGAUGAGAGUCAAUGAAGCACUGGGCCGUUGGGAAGGGAGGUGGAGAUACUGCCUUUGCAGAGUUGGGAUAGUGAACCAAAGAGUAAAACCGGGUUAUUGACGGGCAGUGUUGAUUCGGGCCCCUCGAGGGAGGAGCAGCGCACGUCCGGCACGGUCUGUCUGUUGUUUGUGAGAGUUAAACCAUCAACGCUCUCCCUACAUACGGUAUGAGGACGGGUUUCGGCCGCUGCUGGUUCGACGGCGAGAUCGGAUGCUGCUGUCGGCUUCUUCAAGGGAUGGGGCGGAUAGAUGCAAAAGCAUGCCCGACUCAG